AUGGGAGGCCAACAUCUAGAGCGAGUCGUCAAGAAGCGGCGAUUAGCUCCAAAAUCAAAUGUCACGGAAUCUGAUCAACAAACUUCACAACAAGCUCAACAAAAGCGUGGACUUCAGCAACUAGCCACAACACAGAACCCAGGACCACCACCUCCAGCUCUUCUACCUAGUACAAAUUCAAUAUUGCCAGCGAUUCAUACUACUUUACCAGUUGGGAAUCUCAACCUUUCACCAAUCGUCUCGGCCGUCUCUGCACCCAGUUGGAUGGACUUGAGUAGUUCUCAACCAACACCAACUGCAACACCUAAUCCUGUGACUUCAUCAGCUAGUGUAGCUACUCCUACUUCUAGUCCUACAAAGAUUGUCUCGACAAUUUCCGCCAAUCCAAGUCCUACAGAUAACUCUAUACCACAACCUAAAACAAUUGCUACAUCAUCAUGUUUAGGAUCUCAAUGUACAACAAUGAUAACAACUUCAAACAUCGCUUCUUCUACUGCUAGCUCAAUUCCUGUUUCUGGAAACGGAAAUUCGGCUGGUCCAAAUGAUUUCUUUCAAUCACUUGGAUCUAGCGCUGGUAGUAUCUUUGUUACUACUCUUGUUGGAUUAGCUAUCUUAGGUGUGAUCUUUGCUAUUUCAAGUUGGGGACUUCGUAGAUGGUGUAAUCGAAGAAGGAAGAAAAUAAUUGAUGAUGAUACUUGGAAGUUUUUAAACACACCCCAAGAGUUUUCCAAAAGAGCUUUAGAUGAUGACGUAGAUUCGAUCAAAAGCAUGCCACAUGGAUUCUCAGGACAAAUCCCUCAUGUGUUAUUACACAAUGAUUUACCACAUAGCUCAACUCCUUCACAUUUGUUUUCAACACAUCUUCAAGCACCACCACCCACAGUGAUGAAUCAAGUCAACAAUGAUCCGACUUCCACCUCACAAUUUCAUUCGUUUGUUGGAUUUCAUCCAAGUCAACCACCACCUAGGAUGAGUUGUUUUAUGGAUGAUGGUCAAUUAAGUUGGAUAAGUAAUCCAACGUCCAAUUCGAUUGCGCCUAUUUAUGGAGGCGUGAUUUUAGCACCUAUAGGAACAGCUUCGACUGAUCAUCUUCCUUCUUCAUCAAUCCCUACGGCACCUGAACCAGCUUACGGAAGUCCUAGAGUAGAGAUGAGUCAAGUACAAGAUGGGCUUCUAAGAUCUUCAUCAAGUCUUCGAGACACCAUGACCUCACGAAUCCGAUCGUUUGUGUCGAUUUCUAACGUCGAAACAGAAGAAAGUACACCCUUAACAAAACUACCGAUCCCACUUCCUAGAACAAGACAACAUCCAUUAUCAAGAGAGAUCAGUAUAGCCCGAUCAGAUGAUUCAUCUAGCAUUGAGAUCUUACGAGAAAGAGUUAAAGAUCAAAGAACGAACAUCCGAUCUAAACUCAUCGAAAGUAUUCAAUCUGAAUCGAUUCAAUCUGCUUGGUCACCAUCCGAUUUACUUAAUCCUACAACCAACAAUAGCGAUUCAUUAAUUCCAAAUCCUUAUGUUCCAAUUGAAAAAUGUCAACCUACUACUCCUAGACCAUUAAGAGUUCAAAAAAAAGAAUCUUUGAUUAGAUAUCAACUUACUGAUACUCCUUUGUCUAGAGAAUUGUCUCAAGCUAGUUGUUAUUCGGUUACUACUACUGUUGUGGGUCAUAAACCAAUGGGAAAUUUAGAUCAAAAAGGAUAA